AUGCUGGCCUCGUUUCGCUUCCAACGGCUGCUUCCCUUGGCCGCCUUAUUUGUUUUUGGCGCUCUGCUCUUUCUGAACGCGCCCCGAUUUCGAGCCUCGCCGUUUCCCUCUCCAUUUCAGGGCGUCCCUGGCUCUCUGUUCCCGGUCCUCGCGGCGGAGCAGGACGACGCCGGAGGCUGCGACCCGCGCGUCGCACGUCUCAGCUCCCUCGGGCUCUCCGAGGAGAUACUCUACACCAGGCGCUGCAUCGAGCCCGUUUUCGAUCCGCACGUCGACCGAGAUGCCGUCGUCGAGAUACAGCAGCCCCUGAUCGACGGGCAGGUCGCCGUCAACUUGUCGUCCUGCUCCCACAACAGGCUCCCGCCAUGCGUGCCGCUGGCCCUUCGCGUCCCGCCUCCGGAUCCAAAGCUGACGUACUCACACCUCAUUUUUGGCAUCUCAACCACGUACGAACGUCUGCAGGAGAGCUUGCCGGUGUUCUCGCACUGGCUGUCGGCUUCGGACGCCCUGCUGGUGGCGGUUGUGGUGGACGCCGACCGUCAAGGGGAGAAACCACGGGACCUGCAGGCUCUGGAACGCCUUUACCGGGGCUCGGACAUGCGGCUGCGGUGCGUCAAGACGCGAAACUCGUCACUUACCGUGGACCAGAACCACUUCACGGUAAUACUAGACAUGCUCGAGGCGGCCACGCCGCAGACGCGGUGGCUCGGCCUGCUCGAUGACGACACCUUCUUCCCUAGCCUGUACAACAUGGACCAGGCCCUCGCCGCGCACAGGGCCGACGAGCCGGCGUGGCUCGGGGCGCUGUCGGAGGACCUCGAGGCGGUGCGCAACUGGGGCAUCAUGGCGUUCGGCGGGGCGGGGGUGUUCCUCAGCGUGCCGCUGGCGUGGGAGCUGGCGCCGCACGUGGGCGGGUGCGUCGACUCGGCGCGGCGCGGCACGGGCGAUGCCAUCCUGCGCGACUGCGUGCACGGGUGGACGCACGCCAAGCUAACGACGGUACCCGGGCUGCACCAGCACGACCUCAUGGGAGACGUGGCGGGCUUCUACGAGUCCGGGCCGCGGCCGCUGUCGGUGCACCACUGGAAGUCGUGGUACCGCGAGCCCGUGGACCGCAUGGCGGCCGUGGCGGCCGUGUGUGGCGACUGCUUCCUGCAGCGCUGGCGGUUCGGCCCGGACGCGCUGCUGGCCAACGGGUACUCGGUCACGCACUACGCCGACGGCCUGGCGGGUGUCGACCUAUCCCGGACCGAGGUCACUUGGAUCAGCCCCAACGGCGACGACAACUUUGCCUGGAGCCUCGGCCCGUUCCGCGACCGCGUGCCUGACGGGCGCAAGAAGACGUACAAGGUGCUCGACGCUGAGGGCGGCCCGGGCGGGCUGCGGCAGGUGUAUGUCUACCGCGGCAACCAGGAGCUGGGCGAGAGGGACGAGGUCUUGGAGUUGGUGUGGACGCAUUGAGGUGUCGCUAGUUUGGGCAUGUCACGGGAGACCCUGGCCGUGCGUGGAAUUGGUCUAGAAGGGGGAGCACCACAGAGGCACGCGCAUCAUAUAUGCUCAUCUUUUCUUGUCCCUGUGGGUUGCAACUAUGGUACCUAGAAUCUCGGGUGUGCCCCAAUGGCUUGGUGAAAAGCCGCCUGGGCCGUGCCGAUGCAU